UAUAUUUGAGAAUUUUUGAUUGCACAAAUCAUGUGACAUAUUAAUUCAUGAUAUGAUUUAUUUGACCUUAUUUACUAUAUUUGCAAAAGGGAAGAAAUGUUUGCUGUGAAUUUUAAAUUAAUCGGCUUAAUUGGGGCGUUCUAUUUUGUACGAGCAGAGCGAUGCUUCCAUUGUACAGACAUAGCAGAUCCUGGUUUAUGUACUAAAGUUGAAACUUGUGGACCAGAUCAGGUUUGCUCCAUCAGACAGUAUGUCCAAUAUGAUGGAACUGUACUCUACAGUUUAGGAUGCCGAGCUAAAACCACUUGCCCCGCACUUGGAACUAUAGUAGGGAGGCGAGAUAUGUCGAGACAGGACACCGCUGUAACAACAUGUGUUGAAUGCUGCGACAAAGAUUACUGUAAUAUACAGGGUUGCAACACACAGGUUGUAUCGCGGGACAAAAGAGGACCUUAUUGUUUCACAUGCGAUGCUACAAUGGACCCUUCUACUUGCAACGACGUCACAAUUUGUCAAGAGUCGGAGGAGUGCAUUGUGUUUGAGUCACAAGACUUGACUAGUUCUUCUCAAACUGUAUACAAAAGCAUGUGUGAGUCCAAAGCGGCAUGUGCAGCUUUCUCUAAUAUAGGCACACACGGUAACUGUCCACCAGUUUGUUGUCAACAGGAUUUUUGUAACGAUAAGUGUUUUACUAACGGCGUAAAUCCAGGUGCUUGUGACACUUCCGCUGGAUACCAACUCAUACAAGAUUCAACCGGAAGUGCGUCACUGUGUAUUCAAAUAUACACACAUCACGAAGAUUGGGACAGUGCAAGAGCGGCAUGUUCUAGUGCUGGAGGGGACCUUGUUGUUCUUGACAACAAAGAUGAAGCUAUCCUUCUUAAAAAUACCAUACUUACUGACAGUCACUAUAACCACCAAACUGGUUAUUGGAUUGGUGCACGUGACUUCGACUUAACUAAUGUCUUUACAUGGGUUACUAACACAACGGUUGACCUUGCCUCGGGGGACUGGUUUCCGGGACAACCAAACCAUCAUGAUGGCGGACAUGACCAGAACUGUGCAAAUAUGUGGAGGGGUUCUUCAAAUAAUCCACAGGAUUACCAGUGGCACGACGAUUACUGUUCUAAGCCAUUGGCUUUUAUUUGUCAGCAAUCAUAAACCAAUAAAUACUUCCCUUGUUUCACUGAA